ACGGUCGUCUUACGCUCGCCUCUCCCGAGGCGCCCCGUUACGCAGUGGUUACGCGGCAGUGGUGUUGUCUCUAUUCCCCUGUGACUUCUCAGUGAAGAAACGAAAAAUCCUGCGCACCUCUUCCGGGCGUUUGUUUACAAAUUUGCAUUCCGGCCUUCCAUAGGCGGUCUCGUCUCCGAGGUCGCGCGCCUGGAGGAGCGCGAAAGAUAAAUCCAGGAGUCGGGAGUUGAGUGCGGUCUCGAGUAUGACGGUCUUUUGAGGACUUUUUUUGAUAAGGAAGUCAGCAAGGAGAUCUUAUCAAAAUGGAGACCGAAGAGCUCACGCGGCUCGUCGAUGGCAUCUACAAGAAUAUCCUGGACAAGUUCAAUCCAGGAGCCCGACAGCUUAUCAACGCGGGCAAGGCUUAUCUGAAGGCACUUCAUGGUGCAGCUGCAGCGUCCCGGGUCUACGUAGAUGCAUUGUCCAGGUUGGCUCGUCAGGCUCAGCUCGGCACUUGGGGCGGCUCUCAAGACGUCGGAUCGGCGCUAAUGAGGAUCGUCGAGGUUUACAAGGAGAUCCAGGAUCAAGAGAUGAACAUCUUGAAGGCCUUCUACGUGGACCUCCUCGUUCCCCUGGAGACCAACCUCGAGAAGGACACGAAAGUCGUCCAGAGCGAGCAGAAGAAGUUUCUGCAGCAACACAAGACCAGGUCGGAAACUUACAGCAAGGCAGCAGCAACUAUGAAGAAACAGCGGAAAAAAUCACGAGGAGCCAGCAAAAGUGGUCUGGCCAUGGACAAGGAAUUAAAGAAUAUGCAAAUCCUUGAAGAGGAAAAGUCAAAAUUGGACGCCUUUUGCGAGCAAAGCCUGAAAAACGCCAUGACUCAGGAAAGGCGAAGGUACGGAUUCGUCCUGGAGCGACAAUGUUCACUUGCUAAACAUUACGCGAGUUUUCAUGAAGUCGCCCUGUCGGCUUUGCAUCCCUCGGUCGACGAUUGGCGAGAAAUAGCGGCCACUCGGGAAUACUUGCCGCAAUCCGUCGAGGACAUGUUCGCUUCCAGACUGAGGCAAGUGUCGUUCUGGCCCGAAGACGAGGAAAAUGGCGGCUCGGAGUUGACGAUGAGUUCCCAGUUGCGCAAAACCAGAAGCAUGGACAGUUCCUGUCUGGAAUUGCGACUUGGACCACCGACCGGAAGUGCCCCGUCCUCCGCCCACCACGGGGGACCCCCGCACCUGCCCCCCGUCCUCUCCAGGGCCAGGUCGGAGGUCAACCUGCACGCCUCCACCUUGUCUCUGGGACCAGAGGUGCCAGAGACACCCCCGCGACCCAGAUCCAUGGCUCCGGCUUCGAGGAACAGCGGAAGCGUAGGGGGUGGAGGAGGUGGGGGUGGGAGCACAGGGGGUGGUGGAGGGUCUCAUGUCGGAGGUGGCUGGACCGACACCCCCCUUGCGAGGGCUCUCUUUGCCUAUCUCAGCUCCGGGGAGAACCAGCUGAGCUUCCUCGAGGGGGACCUCAUCGCCUUAAUGGGAGACCGACAGAAGGGCUGGCAGUUCGGCGAGAAUCUGCGCACGCAAAGCUCCGGAUGGUUCCCCCUCGCCUACACCGAGAUCAUCGUCGAUGAGCCUGGAUCGCCCAAUCACGGAGUAAGCAACGGUCGUGGACCGGAAGCGAGGACCAUCCCUCCGUGCAAACCACCCCCCUCGAGGCCGCCCGUCACCCCAGGGGUGGACGACACUUCCGGGGGCAGUCACCCCGGAUCCGGGGGGCACAGCAGCACCGACAAUGGCAGUGCAACCCCCACAAAUGCCCCCAGCAGUCUUGGCUCUCGUGGCCACGGUACCCCGAGCUCCAGACAGUCAAAAUCGGUGAGGCCGUCCGGCACUCUGCCCGCCGCCCUGGCGGGCGGCCGUCGGGUGCAACCACCCGUUCCGCCCGUCCCACCCCCUCAAGCUGUCACUUCGUUGCACAGCAGCAAUGACAGCGGCUUUUCCAACGAACCCCCGGUGCAACCUGACGUCGACUACAGCGACGACGAGGCCAUGAGACGACGAAGAAAGCCCCGAAACGACAGCAGCGCCGUAGCUGGCGAGCGACAGAAGGAAUCGAGACGAGAGAAGAGUCCAGAGGACUGGGAGAACGAUUCCUGGAAAACCCUCCCUAGGGAUGAAAAAAGCUGGCAGCUGUACCGAAGUGCGAUGGACUUAUGGGCAGACGUGCACCUCCAGAACGGGGAAAAAACAGAGCCAACGGUGCCCCGUCGUCAGCUGACGAACGGGAAUCGUCGCUUCGAGGAGGAGGCCCGGGAGCAAACAAAGAAGAGGACAAAGGACCUGGAAAAGACUCGGCAAGUGCCAAACGCCAGGAACAAGAUGUCCACCCGAGGGUCUUCCGGGGUCCAGGCAUCAGCCACGACCCAGAGGAACCAACAUGGGAGCCACAGAAGAGGAGCCGACGAGGACCACAGGACCCAGCACGGUUCCCACAGAAGAGAAGCCGACGACGAGUCCAGGAAUCAACACGGCAACCACCGCAGAGAAGCCGAGGAAGAUCAUAGGAACCAACACGGGACCCACCGAAGGGAUGCCGACGAGGACCACAGGAACCACCGAGACAGACGUAGGAGAGAAGAAGAGUCCACAACCGAGCCAGAGGCUGAGGACGAAGAUGACGAGGACGAGGAGGAGGAGGACGAGGAACAGCAAGAGGACAGCUACGCCACAUCCGGGGAGUAUUCAAAGUACUACGAUAGGGAGGGUCAAGGGGAAGACAGGAAGUAUUCCCCGGAGAAGAGCUCCACGGAGGACUCGGAAGACGAGAGCACCAUCACCUUGCCGGAGACUGCUGGGAAGGUGGAGCAGAUCGCCCAGAAACUGGAGCAAACUGCUCAGAAGUACGCCAGGGAGCACAGUCCGCCGAAAUUCUUAGAAAGGAGGGUGGAGAAGGAGAGGAAGGAGGAUAAAGCCACCAGCACUAGUGGGUAUGGGAUGGAGAGGGAGAGAGAGAGGGAUAGGAAGAGGUACUUCGAUAAGGGGUCCCAGCACCAGCAGUCAUCGACUUCCGGGACCAGCUACGAAAGGGACAGGGAGAGGUACUUCGAGAAGAGCCCUCCCCAGCACCAUCAGCAGGUGUCUUCGUCCUCUUCCACCCUAGGCACUGGAUAUGAAAGAGACAGGGACAGGUACUUCGAGAAACCUGGACAGCAGCAUCAGCAGCAAGCGUCAUCAGCUCCUGGACACAGAUUCGAGAGACCUAGACCGCCCUUCGAAGACGCUCCGGAGAGGCCCAGCUUCCGGGAGCGGAGAUACUCCGAUAAGGAGGAGAUUUAUGCUGAGACCAGCAGACCCCCCAGGGAGAAGGCGUCGCCGAUGGACAAGGAUCGAGGCUACGAGUCUAAUUUCGAGACCAAGCUCGAGAGGUCGAAGGUGAUCGAGAGACACGGGUACCAGAGGCCGGAGAAUGGAUCCAGCUUCAAGGCUGAGAGGAACGAUGACAACAAUAACACUUUGAAAGCGGAAAGGAAAUUGCCGAGGCAGAAUAGUCAGGCGCCGUCUAGGGUGUUUGAUCAGGAACUAAGGCUGGAGACGAAGAGCCCGAAACUGGUGAAGAGGACUAAGUCCUUCUGGAGGUUCCGCAGGGAUUCCGACGUCCUGGAGGGAAUGGCACUCUGGCAGCACAGGUCUCUGGUUGACAUCCCGAAAACGGUGAGGAAGGAGGAGGGCAAGGACGAGGAACACGAGGACGGGUCCAAGAAGCAGAUCCUGGAGGAUGGGGACAGGAGUGUUGGGGAUCAGGGUCCCAAACAGGAACCUAAAGCUGCCGAGAGGAUCCACGUACCGGAGAAGUCGGACUCCUUCGAGGAGUUCCCGACUCCUGCCGAGAGACCCAAGAUCCUGGAGAGGUCCGAGUAUCGCGCCCAGCUCCUUAGGGAGGAGAGGUCCUAUUUCGUGGGGAACAUCUCCAGGAAGGCGAUUCUGGAGAAGGAGAGGAAGAGGAGUCUGGAGGCUAAGAGGAACGUCGAGGCUGGGAAGGAGGGGAACGAUGGGAACCAGAGGGAACGCAGGAAGAAGACUUAUGGCGAGGAUGACGACGGACUUGUCCAGAACCUAACGGAGACGGAAGCUUCCGAUGAAGAGUCCACGUAUAGUUGUAUCGUGGUUAAGGAUCAGGCACUCUCGGAGAAGACGUUGUUGCCCAGGACUAAACUUAGGAGGGACAGUGAUAGGGAGAGGAACACUUGCGGACCUUGGUACGAUCUCUGGGGGGUUGACUCUUCCGUUAAGAAGAGGAAGAAGAAGAAGUAGAUGAGGAAUCACUUGGAGAAUUAAGAGGAAGAUUUCUACAGGAUGAUGGUGGUAGUGAUGAUGAAGGAAAUCUGCUGAUGAUUUGGGAUAAAGUAGACGAAGAAACCCUUGAAGAACGAAGAGGAAGAUUUCUCCAGGAUGAAUGAUAAAAUAGUCUGUAAAACUGAAGGAAGGUAUUCGGGGCCAAAAUCGAUUUUGAUUACCAGGGAUCAUUUUGACAAUCUCAAUUGUUUACGUAUCCACUUACAAAUUUUACAACGAGCUCUGUAAAAUUUGUAACUGAAACAUAACUCGCCUUGAGUUGCACUCUAUGUUGCAAAAUGUUCGCAAUUGCGGCCGUUUACUAUACAGAUACAUAAUACGUUUGUGUUAUUUUUUUAUUAGUUGUGGAUUACACGAUUAUUAUUUUUUCUAUAAGGUAAUUGCCAAGGCUAAAUGCCCAGCGCUAAUUCUGGACCAAUUAACCGAUUAUCAGGACUCUGUUUCUUUUUUCUCGAGGUCCGAUUUUUGAGGGUGCAAUUUAUUUACCACAUAUAUUUUUUUAUAUUUCCUUUUAGAGUUCGUUAUACAUUUAUAUGUGCAUUCGCUUGCUCGUCGAAUCUCUCGCUAAUGUUUGUAGACCGCCUCGAUUUGUAUUGCAAAAUGUAUUGACGUUUAUUCAUUUUUUGACGUUUGCUUGCGAUUCGCUCUUUUUCUUUUUUUUUUUGCGAUGUUCAUUGUAUGCAGUCGCACGUUUUCAUGUUUUAUCUGCUCGACAUUAAGGCUCGUUUGCAUAUGGGAGGGUCUCGCUAUUUACAUUGUAUAAUCCCAAAAUCCAUAAAUGAAGAGUAUAUUCACGGAGUAUUUUUAAAAUCAUUUUCAAUUUUGCCAGUCUAUACGAUUAACUAAUUUUUAUUACACUUUUUCACACACGUUAUGUUUGGCUAUAAAAUAGCCUUGUUGUUCAAGAAUAAAAAAUUGAACACGUCGAUGUGAAAAUAAUCGACUCCCGUUCCUCGCGUUUCGGAAAUGAAAAAACCGCGAGUAACGCAGGACGUCGAUUUAAAAAAAUCCGAAUUUUUCGGCCCCAUCGGGCCGGAAUUUCGUAAAAAUGUCGUUCUUUCAGGACCAACAUCUUCGCAACGGUGAAGCUAAGAAAAACCAAGACGAACGAUCGCUCGGCCCCGGCUCUCUGAUGAAAGAAGUUGCCCUAAAAGUGGGCAAAAUAUGAAAUCUUCACUUGGGGCUCGGCAUUGAUAACAAGGGAGUGAAUCGAGGAUAAGAGAAAAAGGCCUUUCCCGCCCAGCGAGAAAAAAUUCCCGGGAAUUCCGUCCGGUCGCAAUUCCGCCGUCUUUGGAAAGACUCGACGACACCUCGAAGUCCAUUUUUUUUUUUUUUUUAACAAAAUGGUAGAAUUUGGGAACCUAAACGCGGCUUUUUUAGGGAAGACGAGAGUUACGUGCAAUUUGCAUGCCAACGCUUUCGUUAUUUCGCGCUCAACAGGUGUCGGUAAAGCAGUUCUCCGCUGAGGUACGACGCGCUAGUAAGUCGUUACAUCGGGGAAAACGGGCUGUUAGGUGGUUAGAAAGUGCUACAGUCUGAAAGGUAUGUCCUAGACAGGAUGGUAGGAUUACAGGUGACAGGUCUUGUCACUGCGAAGUGGAAAUCGAUCGGAUCGAUGCGAUAAAUCGCGACAAGGGUCGCCAUGUUCCAUUCCCGAAGCACGCUUUAUUAUAUUCUGCAUUUUUAUUCCCAGCCACGGAAAUAAUGUAUACCGCCCGGGGUCUAAUUGUCCCGCCCGUGCGGAUGCAAUAAAGUUAACCGACACGUAAUUAUUCCUCGACGUGCUCGCCCGACAUGUUCGAUAUUAUCUUUUAAUCGGCGAAAAUUGUCAGUUCCAUACACGUCGAUGUCCUUCUUCCGCCCACUCGGUUGCAAUUACCCGUGAUUCUAAACAUUGAACACUUGCCAUUAUCGAGAAUCAUAUUCACCUUCGUAUCCUAAUUUUUUCGAUUUUUAUUCCCCGUUAUUUACCCCGAAAAUCAUACAUCCCGCCCGGGCGGAUGAUAAUAAAGUUAGCCGACACGCAAUCAGUCCAGAACAUGCCGGAAACGCGUCGCUAUCGGUUCCGCCCGUGGUCGAACGUCUUUUCCUAUUUUUUAAACAUUUUCCCUCGACCCGCCCUUUUAUUAGAGCAGCUAUCUCGCUUCCCACGUCACGACAAAGUAAAACUUUCAUCUCGACCCCGUAAAACGCCUUUACGUCCCCUCGGCUCCGGUGAGAGGUCGUAAAAUUUCAACUCUUUUUCAACCCCACUCCCUGGCCACGCACCUGAUACGCACCCUCGUAGGGGGUUUCAGGGGAAGAACGGUCGAAUGACCCCCUCGAACCACCCCCUUGGGGGGGCUCGCGACUCCUCCCUUAAGGUGGAGUGAAAGUGACGUCCACGAGGUCUCCUCUACGAAACCUAUCUCCGAAUUGAAUUUACCGAAUGAUUUCAAAUCUUCCAAUGUGAAUAUCCAGUAAUCGAGAAAGUCGAAUUCGAAUGGGAUAAAGGCGAUAAAAUAAUUAUUGUAGGUAAACGGCAGGUGGGGAGUGCCAUUUAGUACAAUACCCAAUAUAAUUCGACCCCGCUGUCGGUAUAGAAACGAACGUCCGCAGUGUAGGUAUUUAGAGAAAAUCUUUUCUCCCGACGUCGAUCAAGUACCUCCACGCGUUUCACUCCACCUUAACAUCUCACCCCUUCAUCUGCCACCCCCAACCUCCUCCCAGUGUCACCUGUAACCCCGCAACCUCGUACUUCCCCACCUUCCCCGUAACCUUAUAGCCUCGCCCAACCCCUUUAACCCCUUCUCGUAAAUGCAUUUCGACGAGAAGCCACGAAGCACCCACCCAACAUCCACCUGAAGGUAAACCACUCCGCUCUAUCUCCCUGCGGCAUCAUCCCCGAGGACGCGUUACUCUGCCGGAUGAUUUUCCCCGGGAUCCGGACCCCCCCUAGAUGCCUUAUCUUCUCACGUUUCUCGGCUUUUAGAACGGAACUCGACCCCGUGUCGGUGCCUCUCGAUUUUUCGGGGCUAAUGUUCCCUGCACUCCGCGACAAGGAUUUAUGGUCUCCGGUUUCUUUCCGGUUGGAGUACUAAGAGGGGAUGAUCCGUUCUUUUUCGAGUGAAAAUAAUAUUAAGGCACGAAAGACUGAUUUUUGGUGCCGCACUUUGUAUAGCCUUUUGCAAGUCGACAAAAUAUGAUAAUACGAAAAUAUGAAAAAAUAUGAAAAUCGAAACGGUCCUUUCUAUUAGCCGCGUAGGCGGCAAUUAAUUAACUCUAGCGAUUCGACGAGUGGCAAUUGUUAAUGAAAAAAAUAUUAAUAUAUAAAUAUAUCGGUAAGUGUCGCGAUCGCGUCCGGGGGACGAGAGAGAUAAAUAUGUAUGUAUAAAUAUAUAACACGUUUAAUAUAAUAUCUUUAUCAUUUUCCUUCUCCCCUUCUGUGGGUUUUUAUCCAUUUCCUUUUGCGAGUCUCUCCUCCUUCCGGAAAUCGUCGCCUCGACACUUGGGUAGGCUAGUAUUAAAUUGUUGUAAUAAUUUCAUGUAAACAAACGCAUAUAUAUAUUGUUAUUAUUA